CCUUGUCUCUUAACCAAGACAUCCUGCUCCCAGGAAAACCCUCCACUUCAGUCCUGUAGGUUGAAACAGUGUGAGGCAUCCAGGGCCCAUCCUAACCAUCCUAAACUUUUAAAUUUCAAGGACAAACUGUUAUUCCCUGAAAUCUGCGUGAUCUCUUAUAAGUGUGUGCCUAGAAAAAUCAAUCAUUUUGGUUAACUGGUAAACUGGCAGCUCAGCCUUCAGGCUAAAGUUUUAACGCGUCAUGAAAAAACACCGUCAUGCUCUGGAAUGAAUCGUGACACCUCAUACCUGAAAGAUCCAGACUUUACAGGAACCACCGUUUAAUGCGUCAUGAAAAAACACCGUCGUGCUCUGGAAUGAAUCUUCACAUCUCUUACCUGGAAGAUCCAGACUUUACAGGAACCCUGAGCGGCAUACCACUUCCGAGCCACUCCUCUUCCUGGAAUGAAGCAAAGCCUGAAAAGCUCUGCCUCUCAUAUAAGUUUAUUCUCUGUUGUCAGUCGCCGGCUCUCAACAGAAAGCAACAUGGCACAAGGAGUUCAACUGGAACGAUCCAAAUUCUGCUGCUCGAUCUGUCUGGAUCUACUGAACGAUCCGGUGACUAUUCCCUGUGGACACAGCUACUGCAGGAACUGUAUAAACAGCCACUUGGAUAAAGAAGAGCGCAAAAAGGUCUACAGCUGUCCCGAGUGCAGACGACUCUUCGCAUCGAGGCCUGUCCUGUCGAAAAACUACAUGAUAGCAGUUGUAGUUGAGGAGCUGAACAAGACUGGACUCCAAGCUGCUCCUGGUAAAAACCGCUAUGCUGGACCUGAAGAUGUGGCCUGUGACGUCUGCAAAGGGAGAAAGCUGAAAGCCUUCAGGUCCUGUCUGCAGUGUUUUGCUUCAUACUGUGAGGAACACAUUCAGCCUCACUAUGACGUAGCUCCUUUAAUGAAGCACAGGCUGGUGGAACCAUCUGCGAAGCUCCAGGAGAACAUCUGCUCUCGUCAUCAAGAGGUGAUGAAGAUGUUCUGUCGCACUGAUCAGUGCUGCAUCUGCUACCUCUGCUCCAAAGAUGAACAUAAAGGCCACGACAAAGUCUCAACCGUAGGAGAAAGGGCUAAGAAGCAGAAAGAACUCGAGGCGACUCGCCAGACGAUCCAGCAGAUGAUCCAGAACAAGGAGAAAGAUGUGAAGCUGCUUCAACAGGAGGAACACUCAGUCAAUUUCUCUGCUGAAAAUGCUGUAAAGAACACUGAAAAGAUCUUCACGCAGCUCAUUUGUGUGAUUGAGAAGAGACUCUCGGACAUGAAGGAGAAGAUUAAAUCUCAGCAGAGGGGCGAAGCGGGUCGCUUCAGACGUGCUCGGGAGAAGGUGGAGCAGGAGAUUGCCGAGCUUAAGAGGAAAGAUGCAGAUCUGGCAAAGCUUUCACACUCAGAGGAUCACGCACAUUUUCUGUUAAACUAUCGCUCACUGUCACGUCUCAGCGACUCUAAAGACCAACCCUGUGCCAGAGUCCACCGCCAACGGCACUUUGAGAAGGUGUCGCUGGCCGCGUCGAACGCCGGAGACAGGCUGCAGGAGGUUCUUAGUGAAGAAUAUGCAAAGAUCUCAGUGACAACUGAAGCUAAUGUUUUACCACCAAACACAAAAGCGGAACCAGAGAUAAGAGCUGACUUCUUGCAUUUCGCCUUUCGCAUCACCCUGGAUCCGAACACCGCAAACCCACACGUUUUGGUGUCAAAGGAGAACAGAAGAGUAACCUACAUGAAAGAAGAACAGAAUUAUCCCGUCCAUCCAGACAGGUUUGUGUAUUCCUGGCAGGUCCUGAGCGCAGAGAGCAUGACGGGACGUUGCUACCUGGAGGUGGAAAGAAGCGGGAGAGGGGUUUUGAUAGCAGUUGCAUACAAGGCCAUCGGCAGAUCUGGGAACUUCAGCGAAUGCAUGUUUGGACAGAAUGACAAGUCUUGGGCUUUGGAUUGUUUCCAAAAUAGUUGCGAGUUCCUGCACAACAACACUAAAACUACCAUCCCGGGGACGUGGUCCUCUAAAGUGGGUGUCUACCUGGAUCACGGCGCAGGUUCUCUGUCCUUCUACAGCGUCUCUGAAACCAUGACUCUCCUCCACAGAGUCCAGACCACAUUCACUCAGCCGCUCCACGUUGGACUCUGGCUUUCAGAAGGCGCCGUUGCAGAGGUGUGCAAACUCAAGUAGGCGAAGGACUGGACCUAAUAAACAGGAAGUGGAAUACUGUCAAGUAACUAGACGUCUAGAGGACACUUCUGAUAGUGAAGGACAUUUAAUUAAAUAUUUUUUUCCAGAUUAUUUGCUGAAUAAAAUUUUCGAAUACCUCCAUAAGACAUAAGACAGCGUUUAUUCAUCCGACGUAUGGGAAGUUGACUUUAGGUAAGAAAUAUAUACAACAAACAAAAAAAGACAGUAUCAAAUUUGGAAGAAUGAACAAAAUAUACAAGACAAAUUACUGAUACAAAACAGAUUAUUGUGCAAACGAAUCUGUAAAAAGGACAAAACAGGUCUCAAAGACAAGACAAGUCUCAGUUGUUAUUGUAAACUCAUAAUUUCAUAAUUUCAAAUUAUAGACUCCUCUUAAAACCAUGUAUGUGUAUAUUUAGAGAAAUAUUUCUCCAUAUCUGUUAAAUUAUUUGUGCAAACAUUUUUUGUGCUUAAAAAAAAAAAAAAAAAAAAAGCAGUAAAGUGGAAGUUAUUAUUUGUCACUAACUUAUAAUUGUGAAAUUGUGUUAAAUUACCUGGAAAAUAUAUUUGGAUUUUUUGCAGCACUGUGUUUUGUGUUUUGUGAAUUCGACCACAUACCAUACAGUGUUGAUAACAAAGGCUCAGCUCCUCUGUGACUAACUCACACUGACUCGUCACUCUUAUCUAACAGGA